ACCGGUCAUCAAAUCUGGUUAAAAAAWCCACCAUUAUGUCCAUAAAACUAGGACAAAAUGAACUCUAGCAUUGAAUGGCUGUCAAUUGGAUAUAGUACGAUAGAAGUACGUUGAUUUGGAUUAGCAAUGAGUCGUUAACAGCUAUAUUAAGCCAUCUCUGUGGAUUACAACGUUUAUGAUGGCGACUAGACGUCCAAAGCCACCUAAAAUCAAAUUGAGUGUUUCAGACGAUUGCGAUGAGUCUUCACCAAGAAGCAGUCCAACAAGUCCUCUUGAAAAUAGAAGAUCCACUGGAAAUUACUUCAGUAAGUCGGCGGAUAACAGCCCGAAGGAUCCUCGCUAUCGUUGCAAGUCGGAUUCUUACCAAUCACGUGUCCAUCUUCAAGAAAAGGUUGACCCGCACAAACUCACCCAGGCCAUGACAGACACUCAUCAUUCCAAGGCCGCGAGCCUGAGUGCAGAUGCGCGCAGCACAAAGAGGACCACCCUGGCGAGUAUGUUCGCUCUCAGUAGGAGCCAACCGGAAACACCCAUUGCAAGUGAUAGUGAAUCGUCACCUCAAAGCAGCCCUAAAYUGAGCCGAAAUUCAAGUCCUUUUAUUAAACCUAAACUAAAUCGUUUGUCUACUGACACGGAUUUGAAUAACGAUGUGAACGUCACUAAAGAUGGAACGAAGACGACCAAGAAAAAAUAUCAAAAGCAAAAAAGYCAUGAGAACUCCCAUGCACUAAAAGUGAUGAUCGUUGAUGGAGCCAAUGAAACGAAGUUUGAUCCCAAAAAAUUCAAGGACAUCGUUCAAGGAAUCCUUCCUAUCAGCUAUGAAGACGAAAUCGUUCAAAAACGCACUCAAAUCCUGCGAGAUCCCCUACAAGAACUCUUGCUCUUUCCUCAGGACGACAUCUCGGCUUAUACAAUACCAAGAGAACAAAGAACAGAAACGCCGACUGUUCCAAGAGAGGCUCAUUCAAGACAAAAUAGCUUGUUUACUAGAGAGUGCAUCCAUUCUUACACAUCAAGUUGGAAUUGUAUAGAGAACAAAUAUGCUCAAUAUUCUGGUAGCUACCUCAAAUUACCAAGACCUGCUCAAGCAGAAGGUCUUCAAGAACAAAUAUAUGAAGUUGACUUAGUAGACCAGGAGGAGAGUGGUGAUAGUAGCUAUGCCAUUAGUCCUCUGCGGGAGAAAGGUAUCACUAAACAAGGUUACCUCACGAAAGCACCAUUCCAUGGUGAAAAUGAUAAUGGUCAUGAUCAUCAUUCGGCAACAAAGAUAUAUAAACGGCGAUGGUUUAACUUGAAGCAAAUAUCCAGUGAUGGCUCAUACGUAUUAGAAUAUCGAAAGGAUGAUCAUGCAACUACGGCACGAGGAGUUAUAUACCUUGAUUCUUGUACUCACAUCUCGAAGGGUGUUAAAGGCAAGAUGUAUGGCUUUGAACUUCACAUUCAUGACAAAACGUACAGUCUUGUGGCCGACAGUCAAAAUGAUAUGGACCAAUGGAUGGCAUGUUUAUGUCGGGUAACAGGAAUCGACAUUGAUACUUGUGGCAAAUCCACCGGGAUAUCAUUCUCAGUUAAAGCAAGACUUCCCACAAAACAAAGUCAAUCUCUACGAGAAAGUCUCAAGAACAGCAAACAUCCAUUACUUUUAGAAUAUUCCAAGGAAACUGAUGUACAAAAUGCUAAAAGACGCCGAGAAAAYAGAUAUAAAUUGUUUUCUUUAGUCCGUGAUUUAGACAGCAACCCGUGCGCCAGUGUUGAUGAUGCGAGGGUUGAUGCUACUGUGUACAAAGAGAACUUUGGGACUCGAUUUGUUGUCUCUUGUAAAGAUUUGAAAUUCCGUUUAGUUAAUACAAAUUCAAAUGGUGAAGAGACGAAUAUUGAGCCAUUUUUCUUGAGGCUCGCGUUAUUUGAUGUUAAAAARGGSAUGAAACUUUCUGAAGACUUCCAUUGUGACUUAAAUGAUCCAAGAGUAGCAGAUAUGCUCAGAGGAAGUGACUUUAUAGAAUAUGGUGAAACCAAUGGAGAUGCUAGCUCUGAAGAGAAACGAAGGAGGACUAACAAACGGGAAAUGGAGGACUGUCAUCCUACUAAUGCAAUAUUCUCAGUCACGUGUCCUCACCCAGAAGUCUAUGUAGUCGUACGAAUAGAUAAAGUGUUACAAGGUAGUAUAGGAUCCUGUGUUGAGCCGUACAUCAAGUCAGGCGACAUCAAGAAGACAACAGGGAAAGUACAGAAGCUUGCUGAAAUCUGUUGUAGAAGACUAGGUCGUUACACCAUGCCAUUUGGAUGGGCAGCAAGGCAAGUUUUCAACAAUGAGGGUCGCUAAUUCCCGUCAAACCGUUUUACUACAACUACAAGGACGCUCCAACACUCGAGAUAGAAGAAUUCAAUCAAUCGUUUCCAGAAGCAGCGUUCCCAUAUACUCAAUAUGUGAAUAACUUCUAUAUUUAUCCGCUAUCUCUCAAUUACAACAACCAGAAGGUCUUUUCUAAGGCCAGAAAUAUCGCAGUAACGAUCGAAUUCCGAGACAUUGACGCRCAAGAUGCCAUCCCUCUCAAGUGUAUCUAUAAUACCGAUGGCACACCAACGCUAACAACAAGAGCUACAGCUCCUGUUCUCCACCACUGUACCUACCCCACCUUCUACCAAGAGGUCAAGAUUAAGUUACCAACUCUACUUACAGAAAAGCAUCAUGUGUUUUUCACAUUCCAACACGUGGCCUGCGACCAGGGGAAAGGUGCCAGUGGAUCCGGUUCAGUACGGGGCAAACCUAUUCCCGUAGAAUCACCGGUUGGGUAUGCUUGGAUGCCAAUAUUGCACAACGGAAGAAUCCGUAAUGGUGAGCUGUCACUUCUAGUUGGCCAGCAUGCACCAGACGAGUAUUUGUCUGCGCAGUAUGCAGGAUUACAGAAGACCACAGGCACAGACGUUCGAUGGGUUGACCGAGAAAAGCCUUUGUUUAGGAUAAACACGAAACUGGUAUCAACAGUAUAUACACAGGAUCCGUACGUUUAUGGGUUCUUCUCGCACUGUCAGAAAUUCGACGGCUCGCCAUCCAGUGAAAUCGAGAAAAGCAAUACCUUGAAGCUAUUAAAUGCCGUGGAUGUCAAUACUGUGAUCCAGUUCCUGCCGGUCAUCUUUAAUCAAUUGUUCCACGUCGUACUCGUGUCUCACAGUGAGGAUGUCGCGCUGAACGUUGCCAGAGUCCUUAUUCGCAUUACUUCUCAAGUCCACGAAGCCAAACGAAUAGAAGCUCUCAAAUCAUAUGUCAAGUAUGUUUUUGUGACAGAACGAGUUGARAAUUCAAAUAAAACAGUUCACGAAGAACUCGCUAAGACACUCACGAUGAACUUGAAACCAGGCAGUGAUCCUGUAGUUGUCAACGAUCUGAUGAGGCAUUCAUGGUUCUUCUUUGAAAUAAUCGCAAAAAGUAUGGCACAGACAUUGGUGCAGUCCGAUAAAGCAAAGAGAAUGAAUCGAGAUAACUGGUUCCCGGAGAGUUUCCACCGAAGUCUUGAAAACUUUGUCCAAGCKUUCCUUCCCCAGAUUAUUAAAAGACUGAAAGAUCAUGCUCAGAUYGCUAAGGACGCCAAUUUUCAUCUUGCUUGUUUCACGAAGGAUUGCUUUACAUAUAUGGAUCGAGGGUUCGUUUUCCAGAUGAUUACGUAUUACUCAGAACAAUUCAAAGAUUCUGACACACAAAUGCGAGAGUUCAAGUUCGAAUUUCUCCAAACUGUUUGUAAUCAUGAACACUAUAUUCCUCUCAACCUACCGUUGGAUGUCAGAGGUCUUGGUGGUGUUCACGAGUGUGAACUGUCAGAUGAUUUUUGUAAGCGUUUCUUUCUUGUUGGUCUAUUACUAAGAGAGGCGUCAUCAGCUUUAACACAAGGUCGUCAUAUUCGUAAGUUGGCUAUCAAAGUGUUACGCAAUCUGUUAGUGAAACACGAACUCGACCCUCGAUAUGAUAACGAGGCACGUCAAUCACGUAUCGCGGCAUUAUACCUCCCUCUGCUCACCAUUCUCCUUGAUCACGUGCCAAGGUUCCAAGGCAGCAACUAUGAGCUUCACCCUUCUYUGUCCCAGUUCUCUCACGACUCUACGACCCAGGCCAUCACGAGCGAACCCACGUCAGAAUCGAAUCGGAGCUCGGCGUAUUCACAGGGCAACCUUAAAGUGAGUCCCAGUGAUUCUCUUACUCCUGUUGCGCCUCCGCCUAACACCCCGAARGAAGGAUCACAGAUGGCACUCAAGAUUCCUUUCGAAGAAGACGAGACCAAGGAACUGUUGUUAUGUUUUAUGUACAUCCUGAAGAAUCUAGAGCAAGGCGUGAUAUUGGACUGGUGGCGACAAAUCAUGAGUUCAGCAGUGAAGAGAGCUCACUGGCAUCCSACUGUACUGUACAUGUUACAUCAGGACAAGUACUACUCSAAAUUUGCUGCAGUCAUCGAUAUGUUUGACCUAUUAAAGUUGGCUUUGAAGCACUUCAAAUACCAAGGCAAAGCUAGUAUCAUGAAGAGCAGGGAUCUUGAGUAUCUUAAAGCCACGUGGCGAGCAACAAAUGAUAUGAAAAAUCCACUCCCGGCUUCCAGUACAAGUGAGUCAACUAAGCAAUACUUCGAACAGCGCUACAAGGGUCACUCGAGAAAUCCAAGCCAUGGCAUAGAUCUUCACUCACGUAUCCUGAUGGAAGGCAAUCUGUCCAACGAGGUCGGUCUUAUCGUCCUUGAUUUAAUAGAGCUAUUCUGCAAUCAUUUCAAGUUCCAUCUCGAGCAAGAUGAUGGUGACAACUUGUUAAUGACGAAGAUCUUCAGUACGUUGAUCUCGUUCCUACAAAUCUCUCAAUCCGAACUAAUGAUCAAGCACGUGUUUGCUAGUCUAAGGUCGUUUAUCAAUAAGUUCCCUGUAGCGUUGUUUCGAGGAAGUGCCAACCAUUGUGGUGAGCUUUGUCGAGAAAUUCUUAGCUGUUGUAAUUCCAAGCUGGAAAGUCUGCGUACCCAAGCAUGCGCAUAUCUYUAUCUCAUGAUGAGAAGCAACUACGAGUUUACUGGUGGAAUGAACUGCGACAGAAUACAUUGGCAGGUAAUAGUGGCCGUUUCGCGACUGAUGCAGAGUGGCCUGAAUCGACCUGCGGUGCAUAAUUCCUUAAUUGCUUUAAAGAACUUCGCUAAUGAAGAUAAAGGAAUGAAGAACACAAGUUUUCCAUCGGAAGUCAAAGACAUUACUAAGAAGAUUCAUACAGUACUUCAAGCGACUGCACAAAUGAAGGAACACGAUGACAUCCCAGAAGUCCUCAUGGACCUUCAAUUCAGCCUGGCUAAAUCCUACUCGAGUACUCCCGAACUGCGCGAGGCCUGGCUCGAAAACAUGGCGAACACUCACGAAAUUCAUAAGAACUUCUCCGAGACGGCUCAUUGCUACAUUCAUGCUGCUGCCUUGGUAGCUGAAUACCUCAAGCGACAAGGAGUCUACCCAGACGGCUGUGCGGCGUUUAAUAAAAUCUCCCCUAAUUUGGUACCAGACGAGAGCAUGAUGAAGACGGACGAAAGYAUGGCUAUUGAACAGCGGUUUACWCUGAAACACCUUGUUGAGCUACUGGAGAAGAGUGCUUUGUUCCUAGAGCGAGCUGAACGCUAUGAGGUGAUGGGUGAGGUCUACAAGCUUGCUAUUCCCAUUUACGAACAGGAAAGAGACUUYGGGGGACUGGCAAGUGCAUAUGAUAACCUUUCCAAGGCAUAUCGUAAGGUUGUKGAUGUCAUGGCAAGCGGUAAAAGGAUGCUGGGCAAGUACUUUAGAGUGGCUUUCUUUGGCAAGGUAUUUGGUGACGAUGAUGGUAAGGAAUAUAUCUAYAAAGAACCAAAGAUAACAUCACUACCCGAGAUCUCUCACCGCCUACAAGGAAUGUACAACACAAAGUUUCACGGGAAAAUUAAACUGAUACACGACUCGACUAAGGUCCAUUCUGAUGAUCUAGAUCCCAACUUUGGUCACAUACAGAUAACAUACGUAGAACCGUACUUUGAYGACGAUGAGAAGAAAACUCGGCCCACUCCCUUCGAGCAGAAUAACAAUAUUCGACGAUUUAUGUAUGAGACGCCGUUUACUGCCAGUGGUAAAGCCCAUGGGAGCCUAGAUGAACAAUGUAAAAGAAAGACUAUUCUAACUACGUCCAAUACUUUCCCGUAUGUAAAGAAAAGAAUUCUGGUUGUGCAGGAAGARCAAUAUGAGCUCACACCCGUUGAGGUUGCRUUCGAUGAAAUGCAGAACAAGGUUCGUGAAUUAGAGCAAGUUAUUUCACAAACCCCCCCUGACAUGAAGAAAUUGCAGCUGGUGCUGCAAGGGAGCGUCAGCGUUCAGGUUAAUGCUGGUCCUCUCGCCUAUGCACAAACGUUUCUGGAUCGCACUGUUGUCCACAAAUAUCCUGUCAAACACAUCGAGAAGCUUCAACAAGUUUACAAGGAGUUUAUAAAGUGUUGCGGUAAAGCACUGGACAUCAAUCAUCAGCUUAUUAAAGAAGAUCAACAUUUGUAUCACGACGAUAUGAAAGACAAAUACACACAAAUGAAGUCUGAACUCGCCAGAUACAUCGAUGAAGAGCACCCACCUUCCAUGAGAAAGACUGGAAGCGUAUCGCCCUUGGGUCUACGCAGCUAGUGGGUGCGAAAAAUGCCGACUACUAGUACAUUUUGGUUGAGACUUAACGUCUUCAAAUUAUUAGCAUACUAGCACAAUGUAGUAAUAUAAAAAAUAAACCUACAGAAUGUUGUAGGAAAUAAUCACAAAUAUUCAAUUUCAAAAGAUUUCAUUAUUUUCGUAGGUGAAAAUGUAGCUUUUUUAACACUUGUUACAUAUCAAUUUGAUAAUAUAAGUUGUCAAAAAUAAUUAUCGCUCGGGGRAGGGGUGCGCAGGGAUUUGGGGCGAAUAUWCCYCAGAAGACCCGGGGURGGRGGAAUUAUCUWAUUGCAACCAAUC